UAUCAGUCACGUGAGCAAAAGUCAUGGCGUGGAGUCGCCUUCAAAUAGACCAUAAUCACAUCAAUUGAGCGCUCACUCUAUAUCAAUUCAAAUAUUCGUAGAAAUACAGAAUACUUGAUUGUAUACUACAAAUAUAACUCAAAAAAAUUGUCUCGGUGGAUGCUGUGAGGUAGAGAGAGAGCAGAACGACAACCGGACAUUGAAACGUCAAAUGAUUUAAUUAGACCUGGUUUUUUGGUUGGUGUGCCUCUUUAUCUUUAAAUACCACUUUUAUAAAAUAAAAAAUGUCUACUCGCCAUGCCAGAACAGCUGAUAGAGCAUCCAAUGAAAAGUACGCUAAAGUUCUAAAAACUCUCUUACAAAAGACACCCAAUAAAUAUUGUGCUGAUUGCAAAAAGAAAGACGCUCGUUGGGCUUCCUGGAAUUUGGGCGUAUUUGUCUGUAUUCGCUGCUCUGGUAUUCAUCGUUCUCUUGGUGUUCACAUCAGCAAAGUCAAAUCAGUUGAUUUAGAUACUUGGGUUCAAGACCAGGUUGAGAACAUGGUUCGAUGGGGAAACGAACGUGCAAACAAGUAUUGGGAAGCCAAUCUCAAAGACAAAAAGCCUUCCGAAAGUAACAUGGAAAUGUGGAUUCGUGCCAAAUAUGAACAAAAGAGAUGGGCAAUGAAAGGCCCCAUUCCUGAUCCCAGUACUCUUGGUGGGGACGAUGAAGAAGUUACGCAGUCUCCCAGUAUCUUAGCAACGUCGAAUACUUCUUCAGCACGUCAAUCACCCGCUCCACAAAGACAACAAAUCGAGAAACCAAAGCCCAAGCAAUCAGAGUUUGCAAAUUUGGAUGCAUUUUUAGGUUCUCCCUCUUCUUCACCUGCAAUUAGCCAUCAAUCUAAGCCUGUUGCUUCCCAACAACUUCAAGGCGCCGACUUCUUUUUUGGAACCGGCAGCAGUCCUUCUCCUGCUGCUGCUGCUGCUGCUGCUGUUGCUCCUGUGGCUGAUGUUCAACAGAAUCAGAACCAAAAGCAUAAUGAUUUCAAAUCAUCCAUCCUUUCUUUAUAUAACAACAUGCCUGCUGCCAACUCGCCCUCUCAACAGUAUAAUGGAGGUUUCCAAAACCAGAUGGUAGGUUUAAAUUUGGGCGGUCAACCUCAACAGUAUCAGCAACAACCUCAACAGUAUCAACAACAACCCCAACAAUACCAACAACAACUCAAUAAUAAUAACAGUAUGUGGGGAUCCUUUGCCACUGCAUCUCCUGUCCAACCUGUCCAACCCGUUCAACCUCAAGGAAGUCAGUUUUUUUCAUCCAGUAAUAUCACACCCAAGAAACCCGAAAGAGAUGCUUUUGCAGAUCUUUUAGGUUAAUUCCUCAUAUAGAUUAUUCUUUUAUAGACAAAUAAACAUAUUACUACGCAUGUU